GCUUUGGUCCACGUUACAUGUCUGUGUUUUUGUGGGGCUAAUAGGAUGAAGUCAGUGACUUCAGCAGGGAAGCAAGUAUCCUUGCUGGUACAGAAAAGGCUUUCAAGCCCUUAUUUUGUAUUUUUAAUACUUUUAUGGGUAAGCCACAUUCGUAUGGCAAGGCACAGUGCCAAAAUGAUGGUUUUAUUGCCUCUUACCGCUUCUUGCUUUUUUUUUUUCUUUUCCUCUUUGACUGAUGAUGAAUCAGCACUUUAAAAGAACUGUUUCUAUUUGCAAACGUGCUCCUGCUUUUAAAGAUAUAAGUUGUUCCUUUUGCUGCCAGUUUUGCUGAAAAUUUAUUAACAAAGCAGAAUUAAUUUCCUUUUAAUGCCGUGAGUUGUUGAUAAGCAUACAAGAAUACUUUAAAGAGUAUUUGUCUUUGUUUUUUAAAGGUCUCAAAAAAUGCUCACGCUUCAGGAGACUGAACCAUCUGAAUUCUGGGUUGCCAUCCCGCUCACGCAUUGCGUUAUGCACUUAUAUUGAAAUAUGCUGUUGUCACUAGGAAUGCUGAUGUUGUCUGCCACUCAGAUAUACACUAUUGUGACUGUUCAGCUAUUUGCUUUCCUGAAUCUCUUACCGGUGGAGGCAGAUAUUUUAGCGUAUAACUUCGAAAAUGGAACCCAGACCUUUGAUGAUCUACCUGCCAGAUUUGGCUACAGACUGCCAGCAGAAGGCCUGAAGGGAUUCCUAAUAAAUUCAAAACCAGAGAAUGCGUGUGAGCCUAUAGCCCCUCCUCCACUCAGAGACAACUCGUCCACUGCUUUUAUUGUCUUAAUUCGAAGGCUUGAGUGCAACUUCGAUAUCAAGGUUUUAAAUGCACAGAGAGCUGGAUACAAGGCAGCUAUAGUUCACAAUGUUGAUUCUGAUGACCUCAUAAGCAUGGGAUCCAACGACAUUGAAAUUUUAAAGAAGAUAGACAUUCCUUCCGUCUUCAUUGGGGAAGCAUCAGCUAAUUCUCUUAAAGAAGAAUUUACGUAUGAAAAGGGUGGCCACGUUGUGUUGAUCCCAGAGUUCAGUCUUCCUUUGGAGUACUACUUAAUUCCUUUUCUAAUAAUAGUAGGAAUCUGCCUUAUUCUCAUUGUCAUAUUUAUGAUCACAAAAUUUGUGCAAGACAGACACAGGGCAAGAAGGAAUCGGCUGAGGAAGGAUCAGCUGAAGAAACUUCCCAUACACAAAUUUAAGAAAGGAGAUGAAUAUGAUGUGUGUGCCAUUUGUCUGGAUGAAUAUGAGGAUGGAGACAAGCUCAGAAUCCUUCCGUGCUCUCAUGCAUAUCACUGCAAGUGUGUGGACCCAUGGCUGACAAAAACAAAAAAAACGUGUCCUGUUUGUAAGCAGAAAGUGGUCCCUUCUCAGGGGGACUCUGACUCUGAGACAGACAGCAGUCAAGAAGAAAACGAAGUAUCUGAAAAUACCCCCUUGCUUAGACCAUUAGCCUCAGUUAGCACUCAGUCAUUUGGGGCUCUGUCAGAAUCACAUUCCCAUCAGAAUAUGACAGAGUCCUCCGAGUACGAGGAAGAUGACAAUGACAAUAUUGAUAGCAGCGAUGCAGAAAAUGGAGUGAAUGAAGAAAGUGUAGUAGUUCAGCUCCAGCCCAAUGAUGAAAGGGAUUACAGAGUGACAAAUACUGUUUGAGACUACUCAUGACGAAAAGUGAAUGAAUAAAAGAGUUCUUGAGGCUAUACAACACAAACAUUUAUGUAGGUAAUAUAUUUUAAUCCACCUGGUUUUUUCAGUAGGAGCGGUUUAUGUAGUUGUUCUAUGGUUUGUUUAAUCAUUACAGGUAGAUUUAUUUUUGAUUCAGGUAUUCAGUCACGCUUUGUCUUCUCAAGACAGUUUAACUGGACUCCACAAUGCUAAUGAAUAAUGUUAAUAGCAUAUGUCGAUAAAAAUCUCACACAGGCUACUUUAAACGUUGGUAUCUGCUGAAAUGGGAUUUAGAUGGAAAUAAUUUUGUAGCUACAGCUGGGUCAUACUGAUAGCAGUAUUUAUUAUGUGUAUGGUAUGUGUUACCCCUUAAGCCCAACAAAAAAGUCUAUUUGCAUGUUUGUGUAGAGUUUUCCUAAAAAUUGUCACCACUAUCAAAAACAAAAUGUAGAACAGGUUCUAUAUGCUGGUCUAUCAAAAGAAAGCAGAAGAGAUUCCGCUUUCAUCAUAAACUAGUGAUUCCAAAUAAUUCUUUGAAGAUUGCCACAAUAGCUGAGUGUAAGCUGUCCUGUUGAGCAGUUCUUAGGAUAAAGAACGUAGAAUAUAUGUUUAGUUUAAAGUAGUUCACAAAAUAAGAUCCAUUGUUAACAUGUUAAUUUAGCUUUGUUUGCUGCUGCGACGAAUGGUCUGUUUGUUCAGUGAUGAUGUGGGAGCUGGGGGAGGGGGUGACUAAAACAGAGGAGGUUUUGUUCCACAUAGAAUUUUAGGUAAGUAUUCUAUUGAUCUUCAACUCAUAUACCUCUUACUGAAGAGCAUUUUAUGCUACGUUAGUCUGAUAAACUGUGUAUAUAGACAAAUUGUUCUUUUCAAAUACCUGAUUAACAAAGCUCAGUACUUACCAGUGUAUCAUGAGAAAAGUAAAUUAUAUAUAAUGCCUCUGUAACUAUGUAGAGAGUAACAAAACAUGUAUAAUCCAAAUGCAGAGUUUUUUUUAUAUGGCCUUGAAUAAGGAAAGCUUGAAAGAAUGUUAAUAAACAUGUUUUCCACUUUAAGUAUCAAAAGGAAUUUAUUUAACUCUCACAUUACUUAAAUUCAUUUUGUAUUUGCCUGUCUUUACUGGCGUGUACAAUUGAAGAUCCAUAAUGUGCAAUUGUGGACAUCCCUUAGUAACAUUAACGUGCAUUGUACCGUGUAUCACAGUGCAGAGCUGUGUGCUGAUAACACACCAUGCAGUGGGACUAAGCUGCAAUGAAAACCUUAAUGCUUGCUCAUUUAGUUUGAGGAGAAGCUUGAAGUCCAGGUCUGUAUGCGUAACCUGGGGGGAGGGGGAGGAAGGAAGACCAGAAUACUGCUGAUAUUUUCUCCUGCCCAUCAUGCUGACACCUUUACAGCUGAAGUGUGUUCUGGAGGUCAGAAAGCACCAAAUCCUAGGCUGAGGAGAUGACAGGUGAGAUGCUUCCCUUUAUUGUUACUGAUCUAAUAGACAGCAUGGCUAUGUGCCUUCCUUUCUUAAGCCUAGCAAUGGAAAUCAAUUCACAAGGACUGGUAAAGAGCAGGGAAAGUUUAUUUUUCAGAAUGAUGCACAGCAAAAGCAUAAUAAUGAAAAAAAAGAUUGAUCUUCAGACCACUGCCACUAGCAGCUCAUCCAUGGGAUAAAGACAGACGGUGUUGCAGUGUAAAAUACUGCUUUGUCUUGCAUGUGUCUCUGAUCAAAUAUCAAAGCUGACUUCUGAAAAUUUUCUGAGCUGAAAGAUGUCUCUUAAAGUAAGUUCCUGCUGUUGCUGUGUAAUGAAUACGUGUGUUUACUCAGAACUGCAUUUCAUGUACCUCAAAACCUGAAGAGAUGGAGAACCGUCAACAGAAGUAAACUUGAAGAGAUGGAGAACCGUCAACAGAAGUAAACUUGGUAAUGUGUGCCGUAGGUAACCCUGGUUAUAGUAUUUGCUGUGAUGACAAAGAGUGAAAGAAGACUUUUUAAAAUCAGUUUUUACCUGCUGCUCUCCCUCCUAUACAGAGAAAAUGUGUGCAGCAGGCAGUGAUGUUCCUAAAUGGUCCCAUUUCCUAAGGGUAUUCAUGAAAUUUAAUUUCAGCAGGCCUUGGUAGUGAAUGUUCUAAUGAUACCCUUCAGCCCCUACCUUGCACCACAGAUAGUCUGUCUGUUGGCAGUGAGAAAGUAAAUGAAAAGAAUAGCACUUCACUACAGAUACUUUGGAAGUUUGACAUCUCUGCAUUUCUAAGUAGAAUCUAUGUAUUUCACUAAAACUUGUUGGAUAAAUCUGUCUCAAAAGCUGGGGCCUGUCCAAACCUAAUGGAAAAGAUAAGCACAGAUCUGUCUUCAGACUAUGACCUACCCAUUAUCAACAUGAAGCAGCAGUGUUUCCUCACCAUAUGCCACCAACAGCUGACCCCCAGUUGCUGGAGAUGUUUUUCUUUCGUGAAGCCCAUCCAUCAAGUUCAGCCUCUAGCUGUCCUCUGCAUAGCAAUGUGGUGCUUUAAAGAAGUUCAUUCUUGGUCACCUGGUUUAAAAAAAAAAAAAAUCUAGCAAGUAGUUUAUAACUGAUGCCUGAAGCUAAAAUAUUUAGUGGGCCCCAGGAAGCAUUUAAUUUGUAUGAAACAGCGCAGUAUCAACAGUUAUCACAAGAUAGUUAUACUGUGAUCAUUAUAAAUAUCUUCCUUUAACUUUGCACCUAACUUUGCACUAUGUAACAUGAACGAACUUCUGAAAAGGAGCCAAAGAGGGAGGAUAGGAAUUAAGGCUUUUCCCUGAAUGGAAAGAGAAGUGCUUCCUGUUGGAGGUGGGAAAAGUAUGGUAAAAAAUGGCUAGGGGAAAGUCACAAGUGUCUUCAACAGGUCUCAAGGAAUGGAGAAACGAUGGAGAUAGCAGAACAACCCUAUCCCUGCACUACCAGUAAACGACAGUGUGGAAUGGUGGAAGAGUGCCUGGGCAACCUCUGAAUGAACAGUAAUGAUGGGUCAGCCACAUGUAAAUAGACCAAAAUACUAAAAAAGAAAAGCAAUUCCUUCUGCUGUUCAGAAUAGUUGGAUGUUUCUAUUCUAAAUUCUAGCAGAAUUUGAAAUAAAGAAAGAUGAAUCUAUUCUUGAAUCUAUUAAUCUUAAAAUUACAACAGCCAUUGGCUAAGUCUGAGUGGGUGGUGUAAUUAAAACCUGUCUGUGAAUGAUUAGGGCACAGAAAGUGAGCACACUGACAUUUAUCUUCCUAAGUGUACUACAGAUAAAGUAAGAGACUGAAAUUCCAGGCUGUUCUAGUCAAGCUUUGUAAAGCCCUGAUAUUCUGCACAUAAAUUCAGCUCUCUGUUACCUGUGUGGGGUGUGCUGGCAGAGGCACAAGGAAGUGGGGAAAGAGGGAGAAGCUGUGAGGAGUUGAGGCAGUAGGAAUUACCUUCCUGAGUCUGAAGGGACUGAAUCACUUCAGAACUACCCUUUAAAAAAAAAAAACAAGCCCCAAAACCUUUAUAGCAAUUCUGUCUCUUCUCUGUAUAGAUUUAAGUAUAAAAAAUUGUGCAUACUAAUCUGUUUUUGAAAACAUAAUUCUAAUAUAAAUUCUGUUCUCUUAUUCAAGCCUUGAAUAACAACGCAUCAAAGCUAUUGAAGGAAAAAAAAAAAAAGGAGGUUGUGCUUAGCUGCCCUAUGGCCAGGAACUGCUGACAUAAGGAAAGAUGCAGUACUUCAAGUCUGUGACUCGAGUUUCUAAAAAACAGUGCCUAGCAAGAGCUAAAAGGAACAGUUCACGAGCACAAAAAAUUGUCACCAUUUCUGAAUCCUUUAACUAAAUCCAGAAUGGUGAAUUGUGAGAGUGAGUGGUUGUACACAUCAGACGGUUAGCUCUGAACUGGCAUUGAGUUACAGCACAGGAGCUGGCAGGCUGCACCCUGAGCAGUGUCAUGCUGCUAAUCACCAUGAGAAGGGCAAGAGGUACACAGCAGUGCAUGUGAUUUCAUUGUGCCAACAGAAUGAGAGAGAGAACCAGUUACUCACAUGGAACUUUGUAAUGUCUAAGGCAAGUGUUCUAUGCAUCUCAGUAACUUUCUGCAAGGAAAAAUAGAAAUACAGUUUCUCACCUGGAUCACGAUUCAGCAUUCCAACCUUCAGCACCAAAAAAUUUAAGCUCUUUUAAAAUUGUGUGUUAAUCUGGAAAUAGUUAAAUAUGAAGGAGUAAUGUUUGCUCAUGCAGGCUACUUGAGAAAUGUAUUUCAGGUAGAUCUUCCCAAGUUAUGUGCGCAGUACCAUUCUGUGGAAAAUGAACAGCUGCAUUUUAAAACGUCAUUUGAGCAACAUCCCACUGGGAAAUAGGAACAGGAACACGAAGCCACGUGGAGGUGCUGCUGAGAACAGGGCAGGAAGAAACAGUGCUGGACUGGGGGUCAGAGCACACUGCUGACAACACUGCUGCUACUGAGGUGCCAUCACUGUGAAUUUCAGCUGCAGCCUCAUCACAGAAAGAACUUAAACACAAAAAUUAAAAAUCCUGCAGUCUGAAUAUGAAUGCAAUUUUGAAUUUUAGUGUUAGGAAUUAUGCAUGUGUAUGGCAGAAGAACCACUGCAGCACAGGUGGGGAUCCCCUCCUGCUCAAGUCUGACAAAUCAUUUCCCUAAUUCAGACAUACCUGCCUAACACCUGCGUGGCCUCCUAUAAAGGCUUGGCAUUUCGUAUUUCGGCUGUUACACUGUCAGUUGUGACACUGACAACUGAACUUAGAUUUAGCACUGGAGUACUCAGCUAUAGAAGGAAGAAGGGCCUCAGAAGGGGGUGUGGGGAGUGGAAAAAAUUACCAAUAGCCUAAUUUUGUUUGGUUGGAAUAAAUUUAUUUCAUCUGUCUGUAAACAAGGUGUUUUUAAUAGUUAUGGCAUUUUUUGAAAUGCAUAUUAAUUCAGAUGAGUUAGACUGUAUCCCAGAUGUAACAAAGUGCAGGGAAAGAAAUGGACAAAUCAGCAACAAGAAUUUGUUUAAAUCUGUACAUUAUCCACAAGGCCCAACAACAGAAGCAAAUACUAGAAUGUCCCUAAAGUAGUGCCAUUCAAAAGAAACCCUCGUACUCAGUUAAAAUCCAUCUCACAAUAGCAACAGUUCAAUUUUUUUUUAAACAAUAAGUAUGGCACAGAAUACAUAUUAAAAAAAUUCAUCACAAGACAGCCAAGUCAGUUAUUCCAACCAAUACCAUCUCCCAUUUAUUCUUUUGUAUACAGAGUUCUGUAGUUCUUUUUAAAUGGACAUACAAGUUAGUACUGUGCCUGAAGGGAUCAUUUGGUUACACACGUCAGAUGGGCGCACAAGGCAGUUCACUCCGUGAUUUCUGCAGCAAGGGUGUGACAGGCCAAAUGAGAGCUUUAAAUUUGAAAUGGCAUCAUUUUGACAGGUUAGCUUUCAAACUACCAGCCUUCAUCCAAACAGCGGCUUUGGAGCAGCGAGACUCUGUAACCAGCAAGUGAUCUGGCAGAAAGACCGGAGUCGGUCAGCGCUCCCACAGCAGCCGAAGGCAGCAGUUCUCCACAAUGACACUGCAGUUUUAUAUAAAAACAGAACCACCCAACCCACAACCCCAAGCUGCAAAUUAAAAUUGGUCCUAUGAAAAACUGAAACCAGACACGCUCCAGAUGGUUAUGUUGGGAUAUCUAAUGUCCAUAAUGGCAGCCUUUUAUAGUUCAACUACAGAACAGGAGCUGGCAAAAAAAAAAAAAAAAAAAA